AUGCAGUCGCAACUAGGACUCGAAGUGGAUCUCCCUGAGAAUCUCGAGGACUGGUACAAUGAUGAAGAUCUGCAUGAGGAUGAAGAAGAUGAAGAAGAUAGCGAAGGCCAUGAUCAUAAUCCCACAACCUACCGUCUAUCGGUUCCAGCUCCUUCUGUGCAGGCUCAUUCAGCUGCUUAUCCUUGUCCCUCCAUUCCAGCUCCGUUAGCUGCUUAUUCUCAUCCAUCGAUUCCAGCUCCUUCUGAGCAGGCUCAUUUAGCUCUUUAUUCUCGUCCUUUGGUUACAGCCCCUUCUGCACGGGAUCCUUCGGAUCCUUCUGCUUAUUCUCAUCCAUCCAUUCCAGCUCCAUCUGCGCAGGAUCCUUUAGCUCUUUAUUCACGUCCUUUGAUUCCAGCUCUCUCUGCACGGGAUCCUUCCAACCCCCCUGUGCAUCCUCCAUACCAACUGCCCACAUUGUCUGGUUUUGUUGGCAAUGCCCUGCCUUUAGAAGGCCGACAUCUUCAGCCAAUCCACUGGUCCACAUUGUCCCCUUCAUCCCAGCAUUGUUACCAGCCGUAUCCUCAGGUUUCCCGUGCUGGAAACUUGGUACGUUCCAACCAGCAGCAGCAAGCUGAAGCCCCUCAUGUGCAAGAUAUCGGUUCCCAAUCUCUGAGAAGAGUCAGCUCACGACAUCUCCGAGACAUGAAUACCUUGGCCGAUUCUGCUAGCGGCUCUCAGAGAAUCAUGUUGGAGUGA